AUGAAGCUGUUCCAACAAAUCAUCCUGGGUCUGGUGCUCAUCUUCGCCAUAAUGAGUUCCCUGUCGACUGCUCAGCCGCUGGAGGAUGAUGACUCCCUAAUUGGGGACUCGGAAUCGAAUGAAUCAUCUGUGCCCGACGACGUCCAACAGGAUUAUCUCAAUGUGGCCGACUACGUGACUGCUCCACCUCCAUGGUGGUGGAACUAG